CCUGGCAUUUCCAGCGACGGUUUAAAAUAGCCCAAGUAUUGUGACUCCUUGCUUUUCUGUGAAAAUGGGAGACCUUCACGGUGAACUGUUAACUGAGGAGGUUCUGAAAGAAAGGCAGACGGGUUUGCUAUAGGAGGUAAAAUGCACACUUGCUGCCCCCCAGUAACUUUGGAACAGGACCUUCACAGAAAAAUGCAUAGCUGGAUGCUGCAGAGUCUAGCGUUUGCUCUAACAUCUCUCGUCCUUUCGUGUGCAGAAACCAUCGAUUAUUAUGGGGAAAUCUGUGACAAUGCAUGUCCUUGUGAGGAAAAGGACGGCAUUUUAACUGUGAGCUGUGAAAACCGGGGGAUCAUCAGCCUCUCUGAAAUUAGCCCUCCCCGUUUCCCAGUCUACCACCUCCUGUUGUCUGGAAACCUUUUGAACCGUCUCUAUCCCAAUGAGUUUGUCAAUUACACCGGGGCUUCAAUUUUGCAUCUGGGUAGCAACGUUAUCCAGGACAUUGAGACUGGGGCUUUCCACGGGCUGCGGGGUUUAAGGAGAUUGCAUCUGAACAAUAAUAAACUGGAACUUCUGCGAGAUGAUACCUUCCUCGGCCUGGAGAGCCUGGAGUACCUACAGGUCGAUUACAAUUACAUCAGUGUCAUUGAACCCAAUGCUUUUGGGAAACUGCAUUUAUUGCAGGUGCUUAUCCUCAAUGACAAUCUCUUGUCCAGUUUACCCAACAACCUCUUCCGUUUUGUGCCCUUAACGCACUUGGACCUGCGGGGGAACCGGCUGAAACUUCUGCCCUAUGUGGGGCUGUUGCAGCACAUGGAUAAAGUUGUGGAGUUACAGCUGGAAGAAAACCCCUGGAAUUGCUCCUGCGAGCUGAUCUCUCUCAAGGAUUGGUUGGACAGUAUCUCCUACUCGGCCCUGGUGGGGGAUGUGGUUUGUGAGACCCCCUUCCGCUUACACGGCCGGGAUUUGGACGAGGUGUCCAAGCAGGAACUUUGCCCAAGGAAACUUAUUUCAGAUUAUGAGAUGAGGCCACAGACGCCUUUGAGCACCACGGGGUAUCUACACACUACCCCAGCCUCGGUGAAUUCCGUGGCCACUUCUUCCUCAGCUGUUUACAAACCCCCCUUAAAGCCCCCUAAGGGGACCCGCCAACCCAACAAGCCCAGAGUGCGCCCCACCUCUCGGCAGCCCUCCAAGGACUUGGGCUACAGCAACUAUGGCCCCAGCAUCGCCUACCAGACCAAAUCUCCGGUGCCUUUGGAGUGUCCCACCGCGUGCACUUGCAACCUACAAAUCUCCGAUCUGGGCCUCAACGUCAACUGCCAGGAGCGCAAAAUCGAGAGCAUCGCGGAGCUGCAGCCCAAGCCCUACAACCCCAAGAAGAUGUAUCUGACGGAGAACUACAUUGCGGUUGUGCGCAGGAGCGACUUCCUGGAGGCUACGGGGCUGGACCUCCUACACCUGGGCAACAACCGAAUCUCCAUGAUCCAGGACCGCGCUUUCGGCGAUCUCACCAACCUGAGGCGCCUCUACCUAAAUGGCAACAGGAUUGAGAGGCUGAGCCCGGAGUUGUUCUAUGGCCUGCAAAGCCUGCAGUAUCUCUUCCUCCAGUACAAUCUCAUACGUGAGAUUCAGUCUGGGACUUUCGACCCGGUCCCAAACCUCCAGCUGCUAUUUCUGAAUAACAACCUCCUGCAGGCCAUGCCCUCAGGCGUCUUCUCAGGCCUGACCCUUCUCAGGCUGAACCUAAGGAGUAACCAUUUCACCUCCUUGCCCGUGAGUGGAGUUCUGGACCAACUCAAGUCACUCAUCCAAAUCGACCUGCAUGACAACCCUUGGGAUUGUACCUGCGACGUGGUGGGCAUGAAGCUGUGGGUCGAACAGCUCAAAGUGGGUGUCUUGGUGGAUGAGGUCAUCUGCAAGGCGCCCAAGAAGUUUGCGGAGACCGAUAUGCGCUCCAUUAAGUCGGAGCUGCUGUGUCCAGACUACUCUGACGUGGUGGUUUCCACGCCCACGCCCUCUUCCAUCCAGGUCCCGGCGAGGACCAGCGCGGUGACCCCCGCGGUCCGGUCGAACAGCACCGGGGCCCCCGCGGGCUUGGGCGCGGGGGGAGGUGCGUCGUCGGUGCCCCUGUCGGUGUUGAUUCUCAGCCUGCUGCUGGUUUUUAUCAUGUCCGUCUUCGUGGCCGCCGGGCUCUUCGUGCUGGUUAUGAAGCGCAGGAAGAAGAACCAGAGCGACCACACCAGCACCAACAACUCCGACGUGAGCUCCUUCAACAUGCAGUACAGCGUAUACGGCGGCGGCGGCGGCGCGGGAGGCCACCCGCACGCGCACGUGCACCACCGCGGGCCCGCGCUGCCCAAGGUGAAGACGCCCGCGGGCCACGUGUACGAGUACAUCCCCCAUCCACUGGGCCACAUGUGCAAAAACCCCAUCUACCGCUCCCGAGAGGGCAACUCCGUGGAGGAUUACAAAGACCUGCAUGAGCUCAAGGUCACCUACAGCAGCAACCACCACCUGCAGCAGCAGCCGCCGCCGCCGCCGCCGCCGCCGCAGCCGCAGCAGCAGCCCCCGCCGCCUCUGCAGCUGCAGCCGGGGGAGGAGGAGAGGCGGGAAAGCCACCACUUGCGGAGUCCCGCCUAUAGCGUCAGCACCAUCGAGCCCCGGGAGGACCUACUGUCGCCGGUGCAGGACGCCGACCGCUUUUACAGGGGCAUUUUAGAACCAGACAAACACUGCUCCACCACCCCCGCCGGCAACAGCCUCCCGGAAUAUCCCAAAUUCCCGUGCAGCCCCGCUGCUUACACUUUCUCCCCAAACUAUGACCUGAGACGCCCCCAUCAGUAUUUGCACCCGGGGGCAGGGGACAGCAGGCUGCGGGAACCGGUGCUCUACAGCCCCCCCAGUGCUGUCUUUGUAGAACCGAACCGGAACGAGUAUCUGGAGUUAAAAGCAAAACUAAACGUUGAGCCGGACUACCUCGAAGUGCUGGAAAAACAGACCACAUUUAGCCAGUUCUAAAAGCAGAGAAACUCCCUGGGAGCUUUUGCAUUUAAAACAAACAAGCAAGCCGACACACGCGGUGAACGCAUUUGAUUAAUUGUGUUGUUUCAACGUUUAGGGUGAAGUGCCUUGGCACGAGAUUCUCAGCUUGGGCGGAAGAUACUGAAAGGGUGUGCACUUUCCUUUUAAUUUUUACACGUGGGGGAAACAUUUGUGUAAACUGGGCACAUCGAUUUCUCUUCUCUUCUCUUCUUGUGGGGGAGGGGAGCAGAAGGGUUUACGGAGGGCCGUUUGCUGCGCAAGUGACUUGCUAAAGGUCGCGGUGGUUCUUGUGGUGGUUGGAAGUGCCAUUAAGAACGGUGGAAGAUGGCAGCGCAGAGAUUCUACUCUUCCUCUUUUGUUCCCUUUCCCUCCUCUUCUUCCCCGCGCCCCUUUAAGCCAUGGGUGGGUCUAAAUGGCUUUUGUGGAGAGAUUAGCACACCCCAACUUUAGUAGAAAGUUUGUUCUCUCUCUGUCCUUCCCCCUCCCCCUCCUCUCUCUUUCUCUGCCUCCCUGCCUUCCUCCCUCCUAUCUCAUUACUUUUCCUUUCUUUUUAAAGGAUGUGUUUGUAUGCAUUCUGGACAUUUGAAUUAAAAAACAAAAGUAUUGUGAUCUGGAAAAUGAUCACCAUAGAUGUGGACAAAUCAUUAAAAUUACAGAGCUAUAUGAUCCAUAAUUGAUUAGUCAAAAUAACUUAUUGAUGAAAUAUACAAAUAUUUUAUUGUAGCACCUAUUUUUAUAUACACAUUUAGCAUUUCUCUUUCCUUCACUAUUUAGCCUAUGAUUUUCACAGAGGUGUCGCACUAUAUUAGGACCUGCAUUUCCAAAACAGGAGUGAUAUCAGGAAGGCAUUUUAAAUCACUAAAAAUGUGGAGAACUUAAUGGGAAAAUCGUAAAGCCAAUGCAACCCACCCGAUUGGAUCUGUCAUUUAAAAAAAGAAAAAAAUAAUAACGGAUUGUAUCCCAAUGUAUAAAGGAAAAAAAAAAUUAGGGCAAUUAAUUGGGCCAUUUGAGUAAGAAUCGUGUGCAAGUUUCUGGUUUUAUUAGAGAAGAUUUAAAAGUAUUUUUAUUAGUCAACCAAAAUGAUGUAUUGAUUUGACUACUAUUGUAGCCGAUUUUUGAUUGUUUAACCAAACCCAGUUGCAUUUGUACAGAUCCACAUGUACUGGCACCUCAGAAGACCAAAUGAUGGACUGUACAAAUCUCUAUACGAUGUCUUUAUCCCUCUGGGCAGCAAGCAAUGAUGAUGACCACAAACAGGAUCUCUGUAAGAUGGGGCUACUGUUGUUACAGUCUCAUAUGUAUCCCAGCACAUGUAAUUUUUUAAAUAGUUUCUGAAUAAACACUUGAUAACUAUGUCAAAUAUGAGGGACUGAAGUAAUGAUUACUUGAGGUGCAAAAGACGUAGUUACGUGUGAUUGACUGAAUCUCCAUUAUUAACAAUUAGGGCAUAGUAGCUAACUUUUAUUCCUAAUAUGAAAAA